UAUCUCUCAACUUCCCCAAUUUCACUCUCUCUCCUAUAUCUCUUGCUGCUCUCUCGCUGGCUGCUCCGCUCCGAUGCUAGACUCGCGCAAUUUGGAGCAGCAGUAGCCCUAGAAUCUAUGGUUCUAGGGUUCAAUUCACUGCUCGUGCUACUUCAAGUUCAUUGUUCACUCUACUGACUUAGGGUUAAGAUUACAUUUCUAGGUUAAAUUUUUUCUCGAAUUUUAUUCUAAUUAGGGUUAAGAUUGCAUUUCUAGUUAAAGUUAGGGAUAUAAGCUUGCGUAUAUACUCUAAAUUGUCUGUAUUUUGGAAAUUUCGCCUCCUUCUCUGUCAUAAUCAUGCUGAAUUUGUCGAGUAAGAUUUCUAGGUUAUAAAGCAAACAGUUAUGGCUAUCAAGUCUUAUCAGAAUCACGCUGAAAACAUGGUGAAGAAUCGUUUGCUGUCUGAUUUUGUAAUUCCUUACACUUCAUUUAUUGCUGGCGUAUUAGUCUGCAAAGUGGUAUAUUUUUAUAGUUGGGUAACUUUAGAGUUGAGCCUCCUGGGCUCUUCAGGCGCCGCAACGAGCAUCCCAAGGUUGUCAUCGUUUCCAUUUGUCCUUGGUCUUACUUGAUGUGUGCUGAAUUAUGAAUGAGCUUGCGAGAAACAUAAAAGAAGUUAACCUUACAGACUUACCAAGACAAGAUUUGCCGGAGCUUGGUAAUUGUGGACUUUCUGCUGAUGAUCUAGAGGAAAAUAAUAGUCCAAGUGGUGAUUCAUCUGAGCGUCAGCCAAAUGAACCUUCUUGUGGCUGCAAGCGUGCCUGUGAAGAUGAAGAGCUGGACCAUGAAGCUAAGAGAAGUCGAACUGGUAUUCUGGAGAGUGAUAGUGAAACUCAAACUCCGAAUUGUAAUUUUCUAGAUUCGCGUGAGGCAAAUGACAUGGUAGUAGAGGAAGAUCUCUUUGCUCAAGAAAUUGGUAAUGAAGCUAUGAAGGUUGCCACAUCUCUAGAAAAUGUAUAUGAGAAGUUCUUCUCCACUGCUUGUGGUAAGGUGACAAAGGAGAUAUGUGAAUGUCCUCUUCUGAAAGUAAUUGUUUGUGGGCAGUGCAAAUGCGUCAUUGAGGCAAAAAUAAGGGGUGGUACAGAGUAUGAGCUUGUCGAGCCGGUGUCUAGUUUAUCAUUUGUGACUACAAGUUUCAAAUUACACUACCAUGCCAACUUUAAGGCUAAGUCGAAAAAUGAUAUGGAAGCUAAGCCAGAACUCUUUUUUGUUGAAUUGGUGAGCGAGAAGCCAGAAUCUCAAGUUGCCCUUUGCACUUGCUUGGGACCUAGUGACUCAGAAUCAGGCUGGUGCUGCAGUUUGGUGCAUGGGAUUCCAAAAAAUCUAAUGUCCUUAUAACAUUUAAGGAAUAUGUUCAUAUGGAUAUAUUAGUUUACCUUAAUGUUAAUUGUUAUUUAUUUGUACUAUAUCUUGUAUUUAUGAACAAAAAUAUUAGAAAUGAAACUUUUAUCUACAUGUAAA